AUUUUCAAUUAAUUUUCCAGUGAAGAAGCUAGCUAAUCAUGUUAAGUUAUUCAAUCCGCAAAUAUUAACGAUAGCGCACUAUUUUACUUAACUUUGUGACACAGAGAAAAUAAUCUACGUAAUAGGCGUAAACGGAAUUACAAAAUAUUGAUUGUUGCCUAUCAAAUCCAAUGAGAUGACAAAUGAUGUCAAGUGUGUUUUAAUUUAUCAAUAAAAACUUGCUGUUAAGCCUAAACGGUGACUAAAACAAGCGGAAUGAAUUUGGAUAACUCUUCAAGAGAAAAUUCCGAAGCAUUAGAUUCCAUCGGUACAGUGAGCCCCCGGGAGAAGUGUCACGGCAUGAGGGAGAAAAAGUUAUCGACGGCGUCACUCACGAACACCGAGGGGGCGCGGCCGAAGGUGGUGACUGUGAAGCAUCCCGAGUCUAACAAACCCAAGCCCACCGCCAAGAAGAACAAGCCUAUCCAAGCCGAUCUUGAUGUUAUCAAAGAGUUCGUGCGAUGCCGAGAAGAGGGGGUGCGCAGACUCGAUCUCAGUAAGUCGUCUAUCACAUCUCUGCCUCCAAAUGUCCGCGACCUGACUCACCUGGUCGAGUUCUAUUUAUAUGGAAAUAAGCUGGUGGCCCUACCAGCAGAGUUUGGAUGCUUAACUAACCUUCAAACAUUAGCAUUAAAUGAGAACUCACUGACCAGCCUGCCAGAUUCCCUCGCUAAUUUACGAUGUUUGAAGGUUUUAGACUUACGUCACAACAAACUCAGUGACAUACCCGAAGUUGUAUAUAAACUUACUUCACUUACUACAUUGUUCUUACGGUUUAACAGAAUCAGAGUGGUUUGUGAUGGCAUAGCCAACCUAACAAAUCUUACUAUGUUGAGUUUAAGAGAAAAUAAAAUUAAGGAGCUAAGUUCCGGUGUUGGAAAACUUGUUAAUCUGGUCACCUUUGAUGUGUCCCACAAUCAUCUGGAGCACUUGCCCCAGGAAAUUGGGAAUUGUGUGAACUUGUCUACUCUAGACCUACAACACAAUGAUCUCCUAGAUAUUCCCGAAACUAUUGGGAACCUCCAGUCACUAACACGCCUGGGCUUGCGCUACAAUAGAUUGACAGCCAUACCUUCCACUCUAAGCAAUUGCAAACAUAUGGAUGAAUUUAAUGUAGAAGGUAAUUCCAUAUCUCAACUCCCUGAAGGUCUCCUUUCCUGCCUCAAUGAACUCACCAGUAUCACUCUAUCCCGUAACUGUUUUGCUAGUUACCCUGCCGGAGGGCCCGCACAGUUCACUAAUGCUUUCUCUAUUAACUUGGAACACAAUCAAAUUGAUAAAAUCCCAUAUGGUAUAUUCACAAGGGCUAAAAAUUUAACUAAGCUUAAUAUGAAAGAAAACUUAUUGACCUCACUGCCACUGGAUGUUGGGACAUGGGCCAACAUGGUGGAGCUCAACCUGGGCACUAAUCAGUUAACAAAGCUACCUGAUGACAUACAAUGUCUUCAGAACUUGGAGGUGCUUAUACUCUCUAAUAAUUUGUUAAAGAGAAUUCCCCCUAGUAUUGGGAGUCUUAGAAAAUUGCGGGUUUUAGAUUUGGAAGAGAAUAAGCUUGAAGUGCUGCCAAAUGAAAUAGGGUUCCUCCAGGAUUUGCAAAAAUUAAUAGUACAAUCUAAUCAAUUGACAACUCUGCCUCGCUCACUUGGGCAUUUGACUAACCUGACAUCACUGAGUGUGGGGGAGAAUAAUUUGCAGUAUUUACCAGAAGAAAUUGGCACUCUUGAGAACCUAGAGUCGCUAUAUUUAAAUGACAAUCCCAAUUUAUGCAAUCUGCCAUUUGAACUGGCUUUGUGUGUUAGUCUACAAAUCAUGAGUAUUGAGAAUUGUCCAUUAACUGCCUUGCCCCCUGAGGUGGUGUCCUCCGGCCCGUCCCUCGUCAUCCAGUAUUUGAAGUCCCAGGGUCCAUAUAGGGCAAUGUGAUAUCAAGAUGAUUGUUUACCAGCCAGUGAGGGCACUUAGGCUCCAUUUGUAUUUGAGGGGUAAACUUCCAGGCAAGUUCCAAGUAAAAAUGUAUACUCAAAAGUCAAAAUCCUUUUUAUGGUUUGAAAAACAUGUUUUAUUGUAAUAUAACAGCAACAUUAUAUGUAGUAUUAACUGUUAGGAAUUUUCUAAUAACAAUAGGUAGAAGGAAAUCAAAUUUUAUAUAAAUUAAUUUCCUUUAUUUAAUAAUUCCAAUAUGAACUACCUAUGUAUGACUAAGUUCUUUUGAGCUUCCUUGAUAAUAACAAGCA